GGGGUGCAGCUCAGCGACGCUGCGGCGCCAACAGUCCCCGCCAGCAGUGCCUGCCAGGUCGCUGAACAGAGGGCGGCAGAGCAGGUGGAGGAGCCCGGGAGUCUGGCACGGGUGCCGUCACCAAGUUUCAGCAUCGGAACCAUGGACAGCGCCCGCGGCCUGGCUCGGGUGCGGUCCCUGGACGCUGCGGGCUUCUGGCAGGUCUGGCAGCGCUUCGAUGCGGAGGAAAAAGGUUACAUAGGAGAGAAGGAGCUUACUGGUUUCUUUCACCAUAUGCUGAUGAAACUGGGUACUGAUGACUCAGUUAUGGAGGAAAAUGUGCGCAAGAUGAAACAACAAUUUAUGACUGCCUAUGGUGUCCCUAAAGAAGGUCACAUAAGGAUGAAAGAGCUGGCCAGUAUGUUCUUGUCUGAAGAUGAAAACUUUCUUCUCCUCUUUCGCCUGGAAGCCCCGUUGGACAGCAGUGUGGAGUUCAUGCAGAUUUGGCGCAGAUAUGACGCAGACAGCAGUGGCUUUAUAUCAGCUGUUGAGCUUCGAAACUUCCUCCGAGACCUCUUCCUCCACCAUAAAAAGGCCAUUUCUGAGGCAAAACUGGAAGAAUAUACUGACACCAUGAUGAAAAUCUUUGACAAAAAUAAAGAUGGUCGGUUGGAUCUCAAUGACCUGGCAAGGAUUUUGGCUCUUCAGGAAAACUUCCUUCUCCAGUUUAAAAUGGAUGCCAGUUCUACUGAAGAAAGGAAGAGGGACUUUGAGAAGAUCUUUGCCCACUAUGAUAUUAGCAAAACCGGAGCCCUAGAAGGCCCAGAAGUGGAUGGGUUUGUCAAAGACAUGAUGGAGCUGGUCCAGCCCAGCAUCAGCGGAGUGGACCUUGACAAGUUCCGGGGGAUCCUUCUGCGUCACUGCGAUGUGAACAAGGAUGGGAAAAUUCAGAAGUCGGAGCUGGCUCUGUGUCUCGGGCUGAAAAUCAGUCCCUGAUCUUCACAUGCUGUGCCACUUGCCCUUGCCUUGUCUCUGUGCUCUUGCUAUUGGAAUUGUUUCUGUGCUUUGUUGUUUGGGAUCUGGUGGGCAAACUAUCUCACUGUAGACUGGUGUUCUUGGGGGAGGCGAGGGACCCUAAAAUCCUUUCCAAUGGCAGGCGUGGUCCUGCCUCACUGAAACCCCCAAGCAGCGGCUGGCUGUGUCCUUCUCCCCUUGACCCUGGGCUUUCCUGUGCCCUGCACAGACUAAGUGACCUGUUAGAAUGGCUCUGUUCUUCCCUUCCCACCAGGCAGCAGGGGCAGCUUGGUCCAUCCAUCCUCACUCUUCUCGUGGGCUUUCUGCUGAGUCCGAGUGGUAUGUGGCAUCUGUGGCAGUUCUGUAACUCCCGCAAGUAGAUUGUUUUGUGAAAAUAAAUCUGCAGUUGAAAACAAA